AGGAAUGUUGUGUGGUAGUGGGUGGGGACAGAAGCUUGAUUUUUGGAAAUGAAAGUGUAAGUCAACACGAGUAAUUGUCUGUUUCAAUCAGAGUAGCUACAAAUAUAUCGCAGACAGUAUGGCCGCACUGCGCAAUAAAUCUGACCAAGAAAUCAAGGACCUGCUGGAUGAGUAUGGAAUUAAGCAUGGUCCUGUCGUUGACACUACAAGACCACUGUAUGAGAAGAAGCUGAAAGAAACCAUGGCCAAAGCCAAGGUCACUGUGACAAAACCAUCCCCAGACAGAACCUUCUACAGAGAGGACCAGGAAGAAGUCACCUAUGUCACCUAUCAGACACCAGUUAGAAGUGAGGGUCCUUCUGGAGAUGGGAAACCCUACAUGAGAUCAAGACCAGAGUACAGCGAGAGGGACCGGGUGGAUGAUAAACCCUAUUCAAGACCAGAGUACAGUGAGAGGGACCGGGUGGAUGAUAAACCCUAUUCAAGAUCAAGACCAGAGUACAGCGAGAGGGACCGGUUGGAUGAUAAACUCUAUUCGAGAUCAAGACCAGAGUACAGCAGCGGAAGACCGUACAUUGAUGAGCCCCAUGUCUACAACACACCGUCGUCAUCAUCCUACUCCAAACCAACGCCUGUGGUGAAGUCUGGAGGUGGCGUUGUGAAGAAGGAAAACACAACGAGUUCUGGGAGACUGAUCCCUCUCUGGGUCCAGUUCCUGGUCUUCCUGAUCCUAGCCGGGUUCCUCUACUUCAUAUUCACUAACAUGGAGUCUGCAGAGAGUAGCCCCUUUAACAGAAUCCAAUGAUCAAAAAUGUACAAAUAAAUGUCAAUCUGGGAUAUGUUCUUUUAGGCACGAAAUGGUCCAAAAUGGGGAAGUACUAUUUGUUCUUGAGCUAUAAGAAUCACUCGUUUUCUGAUGGACAAUGUUUUUU